UUUGUGUCACGUGACCAAACUUGACUAUCAACAAGCAAGAUGGCGGCCGAAGUCAGGAAUCCGAAUCAGGAGCUAGUGAAAAGUCAUGUAUUUGAAAUAGGACCACGUUAUACAAAUUUACAAUAUGUUGGAGAGGGUGCUUAUGGAAUGGUUGUAUCAGCAAUUGAUAAUGUAACAAAGACGAAAGUAGCUGUAAAGAAGAUAUCACCAUUUGAACAUCAAACAUACUGCCAGAGAACUCUUAGAGAGAUAAAGAUUCUAACAAGAUUUAAACAUGAAAAUAUUAUCAACAUUCAAGAUAUUAUAAAAGCCAAUUCCUUAGAUGAGAUGAAAGAUGUAUAUAUUGUACAAUGCUUGAUGGAAACAGACAUGUAUAAACUGUUGAAGACUCAACAAUUAAGUAACGAUCAUGUAUGUUACUUCCUGUACCAGAUUCUACGAGGGCUCAAAUACAUUCACUCGGCGAAUGUCCUGCAUAGAGAUCUCAAGCCUAGCAACUUGCUCCUCAACACAACUUGCGAUCUCAAGAUUUGUGAUUUUGGUUUAGCAAGAGUUGCAGACCCUGAUCAUGACCACACUGGAUUCCUGACCGAAUAUGUCGCCACACGUUGGUACCGGGCACCAGAAAUCAUGCUUAACUCCAAAGGCUAUACAAAGUCAAUAGACGUGUGGUCUGUGGGAUGUAUAUUAGCAGAGAUGAUGUCUAACAGACCUCUGUUUCCUGGGAAGCAUUAUUUAGACCAACUGAACCAUAUAUUAGGAGUAAUUGGAUCACCAAGUCAGGAAGAUCUGAAUUGUAUAAUCAAUGAGAAGGCACGUGGGUAUAUACAGUCACUACCACAGAAACCAAAAGUGAAUUGGAUGAAACUUUAUCCUAAAGCUGAUGCCAAAGCUCUAGAUCUGCUGGAUAAGAUGUUGACCUUUAACCCUCACAGAAGGAUAACAGUAGAAGAGGCAUUAGCACAUCCAUAUCUUGAGCAGUACUAUGACCCAGCUGAUGAGCCUGUAGCUGAUCAGCCUUUUACGUUUGAGAUGGAACUUGAUGAUUUACCAAAGGAACGUCUAAAGGAAAUGAUUUAUGAGGAAAUAGAAGCAUUAAUGGAGAGAAAUAAACAAGCUUGCAUAUCUUAGAGAGGUCUCUAUAUGUACGCCGUAGCAGCAUGUGUAACGCAGUGUUCAUCAAUGUCAACUGAAAUCUCCAUUAUAUACAUAUCUCUUUGUUAACGAAACCAUAGCCAGUGAAGUUUGUGGAUUUUGUGUUGCCAAGUCAAGUCAUGAUUAAGCCUUUCAUUCUUGACUGCAGUGACUCGAGAAUUAAGGUCGUGCUCGGCAUCAUUUCAUGUCAAGAAUUUGAUGGUUAGAGUUUACGAAUGUCAUGCAGUCACAAGGUUUGACAAUAAAACCUUGAGUUAAACAUUGAAUUAACAGAUGAUGCAGUUAUAAAAGAGUAACAGUCUUUUCCGUUAGUUGACAUAAUUGAAUCAGUCGUAAGUCUUUCUUAUUUUAUGUCAGUUCGGACAUUUCUCCACUGAUCUGUCAAUAUUUCGUAUGAUUUAAGCAUUUAUGUUUAAGUUAAAGGUGAUCGUUAAAAUUGAAAUCUUACUUUAAAUCAAAUGAGAAUGUUAUGCAUGCUAUCCACUGAAAUUACAAACCACACCUGAUAAGAAGUCUUACUCACUGUAAUGAAAAUUUCUAAUAAUCAUAAUGGACAAAAUUCAAAUGUUAACAAAGUUUAAAGUUCAUAGAUUUUUCUAUUUUAAGCAGUUCAAAUUGAUACUCAUUGUUAUUUUAACCAGGUGUACUUGAAAAACCUCAUGUAAGAAUCAUUUUAGUAAAAUCUACUGUUGUCAUAGCUAAGAAGUUUUGUUAGAAAAUGGAGAAUUUUUUUUAGAAAGCUAAGAAUUUUUUUUUAGAAAACUUUGUUUUGUUCAGCAAGAGUAGGUUAAUGUUACAGCAGCGCCGCCAAUACUCAGUCAUGUUAGUUUUUUUUCCUUGGCUUGCACUUUAUUUGAGGUAGAGCUUGAUAGAUAUAUUUAGUGCUUAUGGCAGUAGUAUGGUACUGACUUGAAACUUUGUCUCUUUGCUUUUUUCCAUAUAGCACGUUUUAGCCUUCUUUUGAAGUAGAGUUUUCUUUUUCAGUUUAAUUUUUCAGGAUAAAUGUUUUCUUUUAAUUUUUGUUGUUUCACACAAAAAGUUAAAGGCAUGUUAGAAAUGUGUUUUUGGAUAUUGAAAGAUGAGAUAUUAAAAAUAAGAGGAAAAAAUGUCCUGAAAAACACUAGAAAAGCCCCUGAACCUAGUGUAAUAUGUGGUACACAGGUCACUAGCUAGGUGCAAUUCACAAAUCACUGGCUAGGUGCAGUACUCAGAUCACUGGCUAGGUGCAGUUCACAAUCACUGGCUAGGUGCAGUUUACUUUAGUUACAUGUAUAACGAAAUCUGCUCAUACGCUGUUGUUUAUUUUUAUUCAUUGAUGCUUUCAUUGUUUAUAAAGCAUAUUUUCGUAUAGAUUUCUGUUAAAAAAAUGUACUUAUGAAGAUUAUGGAAAAUCUAAUCAUGGGAACCAUGGAAAGUGUACAUGAUAUUUAACAAUAUUCUGUUAUAGUUUCAUUUAGGUAUAGAUGCACAUUUCACUAAUUCUUUGAUUUAUUUUAUAUAGAUGAUAUUUACCUGUAAUUAAAUGUUUUGACCUUUGUUUUAAUACUAUUUUAAUCAGAAACUGAACUGACUUGCUGGCUACAGUCAUUACAUUAGCUACAAUCAGCUUUAAAUAGUUGACAGAAAUGAACAUUGCAUAAGUUUACAGACAGAUUAUGAUGACCCAUUAAAUCAACAGGGCAUAAAGAUGGAACAGACUGUAGUCAAAGAUGGAACAGACUAUAGUCGUGUUACGAUGCCCCAUUAAGUAAAAAAAAUAUAAAGAUUGAAUAGACUAUAGUCGUGUUAUGAAGCCCCAUUAAAUCAGCAGGGCAGAAAGACGGAACAGACUAUAGUUAUGUUACGAUGCCCCAUUAAGUCAACAAAAUAUAAAGAUUGAAUAGACUAAGUCAUGUUAUGAAGCCCCAUUAAAUCAGCAGGGCAUAAAGAUUGAACAGACUAGACUAAUGUUACGGUGCUCCAUUAAGUCAACAAAAUAUAAAGAUUGAAUAGACUAUAGUCUUGUUAUGAUGCUCCAUUAAGUCAACAAAAAGACUAUAGUCUUGUUAUGAUGCUCCAUUAAGUCAUGCAGUGUAUGUCUCGUUGGCAAGAAAACUCUCAUUCACAGGUCUCCAGUGUGAUCAAUACUUAAAUGUACUUUGAAAACUUCUCUGAAUGAAAUUGUAUGCUUAAUUUUCUUUUUGAAAAAAUCUUUACAUAUACACAUUACAGCCAGUGCAAAGGUAUCUAAAGCAUAAUGAAGAUUCUCAGUUACUAUAUUAAGAAUGGUGCAAUUAACUUGUGACUGCUUGAAUGGCCUGCAAGUGGUUACUUUGAGAACACAGAAAGCUAAAUCUGUCAAUAUAAUGAAUUUGGCAUAAAAUUGAGUAUGGGGACCAGCCUUGGAAUGUGUGCUUCUCAUUGGAUGUUUCUGGAAACAGUCUUGAAGUUGACCAGUUAUAUGCUAAAGUUUUAAGACUGGUCGUCAGACUUAGUAUUAUAAACUUUAGAUGUCAUAUAUGUCUGCUCAUUAUUGUCUCACAGCUCAUAUGCUAAAUAAUACUUAAUCCAGUUCAUGUAAGGUGAUGAGUAAGUGAUGGUAGAUCAUAUUCAUUUUCUUUGCAAAUAAGUUGUUUAAUUUUGAUAUCCAACCAUGUGAAUGUUGUAUUUAAACAUUACUGAUAGUUUACUUGUAUAAUAGAGAGAAGGAUGCAUGGUCAAACAUUACUCAUGCUGCCUGGCUGCUGAAAAACAUUGAAUCUAUGACCGUAAUGAAUUUGCAUUUAUGAGCUAGGGUUAGAAAUAUAAAUUGGUCAUUUGUGUCAUCCCCUUGAUUCUUAAGCAGUUAAAUUGUAAAAUUUGAAGAUUUUUUAUUGCAGAUAAAUCUGAAUUCUGUACAAAUGGUGUCUCUGAAAUGGCACAGUCUGUAUAAGUUGACCUUUUUAUAACAUUUUGGUUUAAUUUCAAAGCACAAAUUUCGUCCUAUUUUGUCAGUUUUCCAUCCAGUUAAAAAAAGUAAAAUCACACGAAAGCCUGACAUAAACAUUAGUUUUAGAACAAUUUACAUCUAUAUCCCUUGUCAGAGACAAAAUAACACUUCUUGCCUGUGACCUACAUGGUCUUUCUCUAAUAAGGCUUUAGCUAGCUUUGUUGCCUUAAUUUAUUGAUCUCCUAGGUAACGACCUUCAGUGGGUUUACAACCUUCAGGAGGUAAUGACCUUCACCUCUCUUACUUGACCUCAUUUUAUAUUUUUUAGUUACCAAACAUUGUAGUAUUUGCUUGGUAAAGUUGCUUAAUAGAGACUCAUUUAAUUUAAAGGUGAUGAAUCGGAUAUGGGCAGUUAAUUCAAUUUAAAAGUGGUCAUGCAGAUAUUGGCCAUCUUUUAUAUCUGUUUGGAACUUUUUUGAUUAAAAUUGACACUUACUUUAUAUACCAGUUAUGUAUACUGUAAGCCAGAAAUAGUCUAAUAUCUUUAUUUUUUCUCAUCUAGGUACACAAAUGAGGAAUUUGUGAGUUAAUAGUGUUUACAUUUUUAGGGUCUACAGAACUUUAUGAAGGUGACACUGUCUUGUCAACAGAAAUACAACUUUUUAUACCUAUUAUUAUCUCCCUUUUAUCCAUCUUGACAUAUAGAAAGAAGUUUUGAAGAUAGAUUUCAGUGUAAAAAUAUAAAACAGGCUGUUCCAUUCAUUUUUAGCUCACCUGUCACAAAGUGACAAGGUGAGCUUUUGUGAUCACGCGGUGUCCGUCGUCCGUCCAUGCGUGCGUCCGUAAACUUUUGCUUGUGACCACUCUAGAGGUCACAUUUUUCAUGGGAUCUUUAUGAAAGUUGGUCAGAAUGUUCAUCUUGAUGAUAUCUAGGUCAAGUUCGAAACUGGGUCACGUGCCAUCAAAAACUAGGUCAGUAGGUCUAAAAAUAGAAAAACCUUGUGACCUCUCUAGAGACCAUAUAUUUCAAAGAUCUUCAUGAAAAUUGGUCAGAAUGUUCACCUUGAUGAUAUCUAGGUCAAGUUCGAAACUGGGUCACAUGCCGUGAAAAACUAGGUCAGUAGGUCUGAAAAUAGAAAAACCUUGUGACCUCUCUAGAGGCCAUAUAUUUCACAAGAUCUUCAUGAAAAUUGGUCAGAACGUUCACCUUGAUGAUAUCUAGGUCAAGUUCGAAACUGGGUCACGUGCCAUCAAAAACUAGGUCAGUAGGUCAAAUAAUAGAAAAACCUUGUGACCUCUCUAAAGGCCAUAUUUUUCAUGGGAUCUGUAUGAAAGGUGGUCUGAGUGUUCAUCUUGAUGAUAUCUAGGUCAAGUUUGAAACUGGGUCACGUGCGGUCAAAAACUAGGUCAGUCGGUCUAUAAAUAUAAAAACCUUGUGACCUCUCUAGAGGCCAUAUAUUUCACAAGAUCUUCAUGAAAAUUGGUCCGAACGUUCAUCUUGAUGAUAUCUAGGUCAAGUUCGAAACUGGGUCACGUGCCAUCAAAAACUAGGUCAGUAGGUCAAAUAAUAGAAAAACCUUGUGACUUCUCUAGAGGCCAUAUUUUUCAUGGGAUCUGUAUGAAAGUUGGUCUGAAUGUUCAUCUUGAUGAUAUCUAGGUCAAGUUCGAAAGUGGGUCACGUGCCUUCAAAAACUAGGUCAGUAGGUCAAAUAAUAGAAAAACCUUGUGACCUCUCUAAAGGCCAUAUUUUUCAUAGGAUCUGUAUGAAAAUUGGUCUGAAUGUUCAUCUUGAUGAUGUCUAGGUCAAGUUCGAAACUGGGUCAACUGCGGUCAAAAACUAGGUCAGUAGGUCUAAAAAUAGAAAAACGUUGUGACCUCUCUAGAGGCCAUACUUGUGAAUGGAUCUUCAUGAAAAUUGGUCGGAAUGUUCACCUUGAUGAUAUCUAGAUCAGGUUUGAAACUGGGUCACGUGCCUUAAAAAUCUAGGUCAGUAGGUCAAAUAAUAAAAAAAAGCCUUUGACCUCUCUAGAGGCCAUACUUUUCAUGGGAUCUGUAUGAAAAUUGGUCUGAAUGUUCAUCUUGAUGAUAUCUAGGUCAAGUUUGAAACUGGGUCAACUGCGGUAAAAAACUAGGUCAGUAGGUCUAAAAUUAUUAAAAUCGACGUCAUACUCAAAACUGGGUCAUGUGAGAAGAGGUGAGCGAUUCAGGACCAUCAUGGUCUUCUUGUUUAAAAAAAAGAUUUAACAAAAUAUUUGAAAACUCCAAAUUUCAAAAAUCAUUGCCAAUUUGCGAUUGACCACCUUUACUAUGACCGAUAGACUUUGUCUAUAUGCAUAGAAAUAGGGCAUCAGAAUACAUUUCAUAUCACACAAAAAUCAUAAACACUUACAUAAAAUAUGUGCUGAUGAUAUGACACGAGUGCUAAAUUGUUUAAAUAAUUCCUUUUUUUACCAUUUGCAUGUUGCUAUUUAUAUACAAGUUAUACUAGUUUAUGCACUUUUUGUAUUUCUCUAUAAGGUAACUUACACAUUUGAUUUUCCUGUUCGAAUUUAGUGUUUAAAAUAAAAUUGAAAAUUAGCUGAACAAUGAAUUGUUUAGAUUGAAAAUUAUCUCAAUGGUACAAGAUUACUGAGGCAUUGUUUUUCAAUGAUACAAGAUUAUUGAGGCAUUGUUUCUCAACGAUACACUAGUACCGAGACAAUGUUUUUCAAAGAUACAGGUUCACAGAGAGAUUGUUUAAAUUUUACAUUUUGCCUUUUGACAGAAUAAAAAAAAAUACUGUUAUAAUCUUAAAAGGUUUAGAAAUUUUGUUUGAUGCCCAGAUUGUAGUCUAUGUUCUACUUAUUACACUUUCUCAUGGGGGGUUAUAUACAUUAUUUGAUUGUGGUGGCAAGUUCCUUUUUUCUGUGUAUUAAAACACCAUGAAACUUUCGCAUAGCAGAGGAAUCGAUUCUCUUUCAAAAAGGGAAACAAUUUAGUUUGGAGUUAGUGGCUAGACCCUUAUUGAUAAGUUGAAGGUGGGUAACAGAAAAAACAUAACACAAAGGAGAUAACUAUACAUUUAGUUAACCUUUAGCCCACUGGCGUUAAGUGAUUUUGCCUUUUGCAAGGCCAUGCAGGCUGAUCAUAGUCUGCAUUGUUCGCUCUUCAGUCAGUAAAUUUUCAGUGAACACCCCUUUGAAUAAUAAGUGGUGCAGCCCAAAUUGAAUAAUGAGCUGGUCCAGACCUGACCAUUUUAGAAAUAUAGCAGGGUAAAGGCUAAAAUAUCAGGCUGUCCCUCAUGUAAGUCUGGAUUAAGUGGAUUGCUUAUACCAUUUACUAGAUAAAAAGUUUUGUGUAUUCUUUUCACAGCCAUUAGUCAGAUAACUCUGUUAACUUUGUUGUGAAGUUUUUACUGUUUAUAUUUGUUAUGGGUGAUUGCCAUUAAAUUUUGUACACAAAAAAGAGGCAUUAUUUGUUUUCAUACAGCUUAAUUCAGCAAGUGUCAGCUGUAUAAUGAAAGGCUGUGAUUUAUUUGUUAAUUACCCCAAGCCCCACUCCCAACCCACACUCCUGUUUACAUGACUUCAUACAAUACAUUAUCACAUGUCGAGUUAGUGGAAGAGCAGGUUGCAUUUAUAUCACUUUUAUAUUAAUGUUUUUUUUUUUCGUAUUAAAGGUAGGUUUUCAGUUUUGAGCUGUUUGAAGAGAUGAAUACAUAAAACUGAAUGUGAAAGCUCACAUCACAGAUGAAGCAUAAUUUUACUUUCAGAAUUAUUUGGUGUUUUUUCCCAUUUUUCAUGAAAUACUGUGUGCUGUAUGAGAAUUUCAUAUAAAAACCUAAAAAAAAUCCUUUUUCUUUGUUCUUUGAAAAAACAGCAGCAGAUGAUACAGGAUUUGAAGUUUUGAAAGAUAUGUUCAACUUUGAAAACGUACCUUUAAUAUUGUUGUUGAGAAUUUAUUAACAUAGUGUUCAAACUUUGUUUAUUUAAUGAAAUUUUCUCUAUUACAAUUUUGCUUCAGUAGUUUGAUGACUGUUUAUGUAUAUAUAUACAAUAUAUAGUGUUAUUUCUGCUUUUUCCAAUGUGUAUUUUUCUAUUUAAAAACUGUGCUGUAGGGAUCUAUGUAUAGAUUAUAGCUAGUGGCUUAUUAUGAAAGCUUUUGUAUAGUGUGAUUAACAUAUCUACUCUUUUUUUUUUUCAUUUUUGACAAAACUUUACGAUACAGAUAACACUCGAGUUAGUCUAAUUCUGUAAAAUUAGAAAUCUUGAGGGAAUCAUUUUUGCUAUAUUUGUGUACUGUCUGUUGUUUCUGAAAAUAAGUAAUCAUGAAAGUGCUGUUAAGAGCUAUGAAUAGCCCAGUAUAUUUAAAAAAAAAAAUGGCCAUAAUAUCAUGAAAAUUCAACGGUAUUAACCAAUUUCGAAUGCAACUGUAGCAAACAUUAGUCUCAUGAAAUUACCCAAUUUUACGGUAUCUAAUUACAGUGUAUAUUUCCAUAUUGUAAAUGGUAUAUAAAGUAUAUCUUGAUCAUUUAUAUAUUUAUGUUACACCAUAAUAAAUCUGUAUUUUCUUUGUAAUAAUUUCAUUCUUUUCCAUGAUUUUUGUUGAUUCUUUUGUUAAAGCUGGAGAGUACUGAUAUUAAAUACCAUUAAAUUUGACUUUACAGAGCUUGGACAGGAUCUGUGUAACAUACUUAACUGAUCUGUGUGUAGUUAAGGCUUCUGGCCAAGUACAUUUGAUGGUUACAUAAAUGAAUUUAAGGACGUAUGCUAGAAUUUGGUGCGAAAAUUUUCCCAAUAACAGAAUUUCUUCAAACUUUGGAUAUUGAAGGACAAUCAUCUAAAAAACAAAAAAAUGCAAUAAAAAUCAUAAGCGAAAAAGAGUUAUCUGCCCUUGAAAACGGCAUUUCCCUCAAAAAUGACGUUUUCAAGGGCAGAUAACUCUUUUUUGAAUCCGGUGACCUAUGAUUUUUAUUGCAUUUUUUUGUUUCUUAGAUGAUUGUCCUUCAAUAUCCAAAGUUUGAAGAAAUUCUGUUAUUGGGAAAAUUUUCGCCCAUCUCAUAUACAGGGAAUUCUAGCGUACGCCUUUAAUUGUAAACAUUUUGUCAGCUCUGUUUUUACUUGUAAUACAUGUGAAAGCUGAUUUGUUUUAAUAUUACUCUAAUUAUGUCUAAGAUAUUGUUAAAGUUCUAUAAGUGUGACUGUAUAAUAAAUACUGUAAAAUCAUUUAAUUUCGUGGGCACUUAAUUUUGUGAUUUGGGUCAAAAAGGCUAUUUUUUGGGGACUUCAUAUUUUGAACAUCACUGCUAUAGCAAUCUGGAGCCCCGGCAAAUGGGAGGACCUCAUUCUGAUUUAUAGGGGGCCUCUGUGGCCAAAUGGUUAAGGUCACUGACUUCAUAUCACUUGCCCCUUGAGCCUCACUCUGGGCAUAGAAUUCUUUGUGUUGGGAGGCCAUGCAGCUGGCUUACGGAAGGUUGGUGGUUCUACCCAGGUGUCCGCCCAUGAUGAAAUAAUACGCGGAGGGCACCUGGGGUCUUCUUCCACCAUGAAAAGCUGGAAAGUCGCCAUAUAGCCUGUGAUUGUAUUGGUUUGAUGUUAAACACAACAAAAACAAACAAAACUCUCUGCCUUGUAACUUCACCUUCUGCUUCAGUAAUUAAUGAAACCCCUGAUAAAAUUAAUGGGAAUUUUUAUUGUUUGUUAGAGUGUAAUUUUCUUUAUUGACUCUACCAUGAAAUCCACAAAGAUUAGUUGCGCACGAAUAUUAAUGAUUUUCCAGUAUCUAUAAUUGUGUGAGAUGAGCAUUCCAGUUAUAUAAUUAGGUCAAUUAAUCUGAUGUCAAAAGAUAUAUGCUCCUUUCAAUUAAAUGUGUAAUAUCAACCAGUGAAGUUUUCAGCAUGCAGUUUCUUUUUUACAAUUUCUAUUUAUCGUCUAUUGAGGAUUUUUUUUUUAUAAAAUUGAUACAUGCUGUUCAAUGCAUUUGAAUUUUUCAAAUGAAAUGUUAGCAAAAAGUUGAAAGAUGCUGUUUAUUAUGGGAGAGAUACAGUCAUUCUUUGUUACAAGCCAACUUUCCAGCUUUUCAAGAUCUUACUUUUUUGCAAUGGAAACUAAUGUAUUGUUAAGAAAGUAAUAGAAGAUUGUAAAGUUUGCCUUUGAAUGCAGUGUCUAAAUUCAUAUUCAAUGUGACAAGCCAUUUUCGUUUUUAAUAAUACUAUUGGGCAUGUUUCAUCAACCUAUUUUCUAUCAAGUUGGGUCAGCUAAUUUACCUAUAAGACAUUUUAGAAUUAAGAUAAGAUAUGGCGGAAGCAUGACUGUUAAGAUUCAUUCAAUCACUGCAAAUUGCAGAAUAAAUCUUUUGGGAUAGGCUGUUCUGAAAUUAUUCCAUGGAAGGUAAAUCUUGGUGUUAUAAUUAAAGUAGUUUAAAAACACUUUCAUGUAUAUUAUAUUUUAACAAAUGAAUAGUGUUUACCACAGAUACUGUGUCUAGUUGUGGAAACUUUUUUUUUUGAAGCAUUCACUACUUAAAUCAUUCCUUUUUCACAUAAACCAGUGAAUAGUUUUCUCUGUCCUAAAAGGUAUUCUUUUCAUUCACUUUCUUACCUCCCUUGAAUACUUAUGACUUUCUUACCUCCCUUGAAUAGUUGUUUGUUAGUUCUUCACUGUCUUUGUCUUAUCGCGAUGUCAUGAACAAAAUUGAUUUAACUGAUGUCAAUAGAAAAUUUGUUCUUUGUUUUUGAUAACUGAAAUUUAAAAAAAAAAAAACAACAGAACAGAAUCCUUAAUUUUUGUAUAAAACUGAGUGAUCAGUCAGACUGGUGUUUUAUCAAGAAAUUGGAAAAAAUGUUAAAGUAUUCUACACAUUUAUUCCAUGUGGGGUACUUUUUUUUCUUUUUGACUUUAAAACACAUGGAGAUAUAUCUUCAAUAUAUAAAAUAAUGUUGAAUUUGGAAAACUAAAAUUUCAAAAAGGAAAUGUACAGAUUCCCAUUUUAUGUGACAUGUCACAUUUGGUCUAAGAGAAGGUUGUAUAAAUUUGUGCACCAGUUGCAAUGUAAAUACAAACUGUAACCAGUCUGUUCCUUCUUUGCAAAAUUUGUCAAUUAUUUUUAGAACCAAAAAUUAAAAAAAUAAAUAGGGUGAUCACAUAUUCUAUGUAUCAGUAUAUCUUUCAUACUAUUCUUCUGAAAAUUACCUGUACAUGUAUUUGUAAAUAAAUGCACCACAAUUUGACAAAACAAACCUUGUAUGAAAUUAAUGGCAAUGUACACAGACAAAUGGUUGAUAAUCCUUAUUAAACUUCAAGAGUUGAUUACCCCUGCACAUUUCUGCCAGAUAAUUAGUAAAUAGUUUCACUCUAGUUAAUCUAUGAGACUGGACUACCUGGUACUCCCAAAAUCUUUAAUCAAAUAGUAUGUCACAUGCAGAAAAAAUAACAACAAGUGACUGCCAGUAAUCUUUUUGUUCUUCUAACUAUGUUGAAGUUAAGAAUUGUGUAGUUUUCCACAAUUUCCUCUCAGCAGUUUUGAAAUUUGUUAUGAGGCUUUUUAUUUUUAUCAUGGUACACAUUCUUUUUGUUAAGUAAUAAUAGGGAAAGCUAAAAAAUAGUUUGAAUGACAGUUGAAAUCUUCUAAUUCUGCAAGUUUAUUUUUUGUCAAAAUGUGGUUGCAAUAAUUCUUAAAGCAGCAAGAAGUGCUAUUGUAUGGGUUUAAAUUAGAUUUAUACAUUUAUACUCGUAUUCAUGUAUAAUUUCUGUGUGCAGUGCACACUGUGUUUUCUUUCUACAUAAACUUUAUCAUGUAAUGGAUAUUUAACCUAUUAAUGCGGUUAAUGUCAGUGUUUUAUGAACAUUGUAUUUAACUGGGUAGUUUUGUUUCAAAGUUAUCAUGUUUGAUACAGGCAUGGACUUUCUCCUGUGCUUAGAUGGUAAAAGCUACAUUUUUUAAAAUGAAAUAUGAAAUGAGCCGUGCCAUGGGAAAACCAACAUAGUGGGUGUGCGACCAGCAUGGAUCCAGACCAGCCUGCGCAUCCGCGCAGUCUGGUCAGGAUCCAUGCUGUUCGCUAACAGUUUCUCCAACUCCAGUAGGCUUUAAAAGCGAACAGCAUGGAGCCUGACCAGACUGCGCGGAUGCGCAGGCUGGUCUGGAUCUAUGCUGGUUGCAAACCCACUAUGUUGGUUUUCUCAUGGCACGGCUCAAAUGUUAGGAAACAUUUCUUACUGAAUUAGCAAUGUUAUACUGAUAAUAGUUAUACAUAUUUUCAUGUAAUGUAUGAUAAUGGAUUUAAACUCUGACCUUAGUGAUUAUUCUUAUUAUCCUUUUUAUUACACUAGUUCAAGAGUUAAUUCCCCAGACAAGAGUUAAGUCCACUAGUAUGCCAUUGUUUGUGAGUUUUCUCUUUUCUUAGACAACACUGAAAAACUUACAUAAUAUGUCCAGACUUGUAAUGGAUUUACCUAGAUCCAAUAUCAAACUGUUGCUGAAAAAACCUGAUAUUGUCUAGCCAAGUGAUGUCACUUUGAUCAAGAUCUGGUAUCAGACUCUGAUUGUCUGGACAAGUGAUUUCACAUUGUACUAAAUCUAUGUAUGGACUGGGUCACUCAAGUUCUAAUUCUGUUGUUGCUUUUACCUCAUUUAGUUUUAUAUAUCAUAAUAUAUUCAUUUUAUGACCCAAAAAAUAUCCUCUUUGGUAAUAAGGGGGAAAAAAUUGUUAGAUUAACUGUUAGAAUUGGCCCUUGAGCUUGUGUAAAGUUAUUUUCUUAAACAAACUAACACAGUGUAUUGUUUCAAUACUAGACUUGAAUAAACGUGAGUAAUUGAAAUAUCAUUCAGGUGAAUUAUUAUUUUCUCUGUAAGUUUCGUCUACAAGUUGUCUGACAUUAUUUGCAACAGAACAAAAAAAACUGAAUUGCUGCACAGUGCUCAUUACUAAAGUGGAAGUGGGCAAGUGUAUUUGCAGUACACUUCUCAACAGCAUGAUAUUUAUUAGUACUUAAAUAAUUCAGCCAGUACCAUGUCUUGUUCCACCGAAGUACAAUAAAGCCUGUAUCACAGGCUAUGAUCAUGAAAAAGGUACAAUAACUCAGUAUAUUAAAAGUUGUUAUAAAAGAUAGAGAUAAAACAGUAAUGUUAAAUAUUUCAGUGGCUGCAAUGUUGUAUGUGAUGUGACUUUGUAACAAAAUUUGUGCUGUAUUGCGAAGCCUUCUCUUCUCUUGACAUUAUUGUAUAAAUGUUUUAUAACAUAA